AUGGAAAGCCAGGGGAAGCUCACGAGAAGCUCGUCGUCAUUUCUCGGCUCGUCGCCGACCAUUCGAUCGUCAAUCCACUGCCUCCACAGCCUGUCCUUGAUGGCGGAGGAGGACCUCUCCACUCCAUUGAGACCACCGGCGGAGGACGACGACGAGAAGGAUGAUAAAGUGAUGAGAGAAGAUCGGCGGCGGAAGCCUCACCGGUGCGGGUCUAGCUCCACUACGCAGAGAACCGGUUCGAGCCGAUUUACGCCAGCUCUUACCAUGUUUUCCAUCGCCUUCUUCUAUUUCUUCUCUUUCUUCUCCUUCUCGUUUUUCUUCUUCUUCUAUUUGAGGAGGGAAGAAAUAUCUACCUUCGAGAAUUUGCUAUUGGGAUUGGUUUUCAUCGCCGUAACCCUCUUCUUCGCCAACAAGAACAAGAGCUUGAUUAACCAGAAUUUGGCAUUUAUCAAGCAAAUUUGGGACGACAGUGGAAGGAGAUUCAACCUAUUCCCUUCCAGAACCAAGGCCAAACAGCAGGUGAAAUGGUUCAUAGGCGAGCCGGAUUUGGAGACUAGCGCCAUGAAAACUCUCAAGGAGAAGAGGGUUAUUAGAGAAGGGGUGGAGUUCUACAGCAAUGGCGAUUACUACGAGGGCGAAUUCCAUAAGGGAACGUGUACCGGGAGCGGGGUUAACAAAAAACAUUCAAUGGAAUCGGUAGCGCCGGUGGUAUUAGGGAUUAAAAGAAAUUAG